AGACACUCCAGAGGUCGAGCACAGGAGUGGCCGUCGUGUGGCGUUGGGGGGGGGGGCGGCUUGGAGGGCCACUUUGCUCCCCACCUGGUCUGAACCCCAGCCCAGGAGGCGGGCGGGGAGCAGGGUUGCCCGCGCCUUGUUGGAGGGUUCUCUGGAGUGACCUGUCCCCACUCUCUGCGCCACCAGGGACACCAGCAGUGAGGCUCGGACCCUCGGCGGCCGUCGGCCCUUCUGGUUUCUGUUGGUCCGCUUUCCCGCCGCUGCGGCCCCUCCCUUGCGCGACCCUGGGCUCUGCGCCGGUGGCCCCGGGAGCAUGGAGCCCUUCCUCAGGAGGCGGCUGACCUUCCUGUCCUUCUUCUGGGACAAGAUCUGGCCGGUGGCCGCGCCGGACGAUGGCGUCCCAGGGCUCCCCCACCCUGCGGCCAGCGCUGAACCAGAGCCCCCCGCCACAGAGCCCUGCAGUCCCCCCGCGCCCCCACAGUUCUUCAGGGCGCUCUACGACUUCACCGCGCGGUGCUCGGCAGAGCUGAGCGUCAGCCGCGGGGACAGGCUCUGCGCCCUCAGAGAGGAGGGCGACUACAUCUUUGCCCGCAGGCUCUCCGGCCCGCCCAGUACUGGGCUGGUACCCAUCACCCACCUGGCCAGGGCCACCCCAGAGACGCUCUCAGACCACCCCUGGUACUUCAGCAGCAUGAGCCGCGCCCGCGCCCAGCAGCUGCUCCUGUCCCCGGCCAGCGCCCCGGGCGCCUUCCUUGUCCGGCCCAGCGAGAGCAGCCGUGGGGACUAUUCGCUGUCAGUCCGGGCACAGGCCAAAGUCCACCACUACCGCAUCUCCACGGCGGCCGAUGGUCUCUACCUGCAGAAGGGCCGGCUCUUCCCCAGCCUGGAGGAGCUGCUCACCUACUACAAGACCAGCUGGAAGCUGACCCAGAGCCCGCUGCUACAGCCCUGUGUGCCCCAGGGAGCAGCAGGCAGAGGCCCGGAGUGUCCCCCGCCCCCUCAGAAGCCCCCCCAGCAGGACGAGUGGGAGCGGCCUCACUCCGAGUUUGCCCUGCGGAGGAAGCUGGGUGAAGGCUACUUUGGGGAGGUGUGGGAAGGCCUGUGGCUUGGCUCCACACCAGUGGCCGUCAAGGUCAUCAAGUCAGCCUACAUGAAGCUCGCGGACCUCAGCAAGGAGAUCCAGACCCUCAAGAGCCUGAGGCACGAGCGUCUCAUCCAGCUGCACGCCGUGUGCUCGGUGGGCCGGCCCGUGUACAUCGUCACGGAGCUCAUGCGCAAGGGCAGCCUGCAGGCCUUCCUGGGGAGCCCCGAGGGACGGGCCCUGGACCUGCCUGUCCUGCUGAGCUUUGCCUGCCAGGUGGCCGAGGGCAUGGGCUACCUGGAGGGUCGACGCAUCGUACACCGUGACCUUGCGGCCAGGAACGUGCUCGUUGGUGACGACCUGGCAUGCAAGGUGGCUGACUUUGGCCUGGCCCGGCUGCUCAAGGACGACAUCUACUCCCCAAGCAGCAGCUCCAAGAUCCCCGUCAAGUGGACGGCGCCCGAGGCGGCCAACUAUCGCAUCUACUCGCAGAAGUCGGACGUCUGGUCCUUCGGAGUUCUGCUCUAUGAGGUUUUCACCUAUGGCCAGUGUCCCUAUGAAGGACUGAGCAACCACGAGACCCUGCGGCAGGUCAUGCGAGGGUACCGGCUGCCACGCCCGGCCCCCUGCCCUGUGGAGGUCUACACGCUCAUGCUGGAGUGCUGGAAGGGCAGCCCUGAGGAGCGGCCAGCCUUUGCUACGCUGCAGGAGAAGCUGAGUGCCGCCCACAGGCGCCUCACCCCUGCCCACACAUGACCUGGGACGCUGGACACAGGGGCUGGGGCCACGCCUCCCUGCCUGGCGUGUCCCCCCAGGACAAUACUGGCCAUUGACACAUCCAGGGGCGCCGGCGGCCUGGAGCGGCCUCUGGCUGUGGUCCUCACAUCCUGACAGACGCAUGGACUGGCACACGUGUGUGUGGAAGAUGUCCCCUCAGACGGGAGGGCUGGUGUCCUCUGCUCCACGGGACCUGGUGUCCCUGGCGAGGAGAGGUCUCAGCACAGCCGUUGGGGUCGCGCCUGAAUGUUGUCCAGCCAUGGAGAUUUGCUGGACAGAGAAGACCUGAGCCUGGGCCACGGCCCCCUGCCCACCCCUCCUGCCCCGGGCAGCCCGACUCCUCCCAGGGCCAACAGCCAGAGGCUCCCCAGUUUUUGGCAAAGUUCCCCAUGGCCGACGCUGGGCUCCCAGGCCGAGGUGGCACGGGGCCGAGGCGGCACGGGCUGGGCAUACCUGCUGGCUGCGUGCAGACCUGAGUGCUCGGAAAACGUGCGGCGACGGACUCAGACCUGCAUCGUGCAUGGGUCUCGGCGCCCAGACCCGGAACAGCAGCUGGAGCAGAUGGGGAGGUCUACCAGCUGGUCCCUGGAAGCAGAGCUGGCCCCCAUGUGGCCCAGGGCCCCACCCCAGGGGACUCUGAUGCCCCAGGGAGCAGGACCCCUGCGGGACCAAGCAGCCCACUCCAUCUCCCUGGGGCUGGGAUUGAAAUUGGGGGAGCCUGGGUCAGGCCACGGGCAGGGCAGGCUGCAUGGUCGUUCCUGGGGCUGGGAGACUCGAGGUCCUUCUCUGGGGGUGGGGUGAAGGUCAGGGGUUCUGGGUCCCGGGUGCUGGCCCGGGGUCAGACAGGGGUGGGGCUGGAUCCCAUGGUGUUGGGUCAACAUGCCUGCUCCUGCUUGGGCUGAUUUCAAGCCACCGUUGGCGUCACUGAAUGAGGAGCCGGGUGGGACACGCCUGUUCUCACUCACCCAGCCAGCUCCAGUCACCACAAGAGGGACCUGAGGGGCAUGGGGACCAGGCAGGUGUGGUCUGUGUUCAGGGUCCUCAUCCCCCACCGUCCUGUCCCUGGUGACAGCUGUGCCCCCGGAAGGCUUGUGGGAUGGAAGGGCAGAGGCAUGCCGGGCUUCUUGUCCCCUGGAGGGAACAGGCCUCUAUGCACCGUUUAGGGUCAGCUCUGCACUGUGAGGCCCAUUAGCCCCUCCCCUCCCCAUUAGCCCCUCCGGCCCUGCCCGGGGGCUGGCACAGGGGGGAACUGGGACUCCGCGGUGGGCACAGAGGUGUGCAGGGCUAGAGUGGUGGGGGGCUUCCUGGAGGAGAAGGAGAGGGUGCUGAGGUCACCACAGGUGAGGGCAACACAGAGGGAGGAGGUGGGCACGAGCCACUUGAGGCCAGACCAGCCUCGGUCAGGGCUGAGCCUUGGGUGCCAGCGUGGGCGGGGCUGGUGGGAGCAGAAGGGUUUGGCCGGCAGCCUGGAUCAAACCCUCCUGCCCUGAGAGGGCUGAGGGGCCUCCUGGUGAGGGAUGGAGCUGGACGUCCCCCCCCCGCCCACCCCCCCGACACAGCAGCAGCGAGUGUGACGUGGGCCUGAGGGAAGGGGUGUGCUGGGCUUGGGACCAGAGGCGGUGUUGGUGGUGGUCAGUGGUGCACUCCGAGCAUGUCUGUCAGCCACAGGCCCAACAGGUUUGGUGCCUGGGCCUCCAGGAGGGGCGGGGGACUUUCUGUCUCAAUACUGUGAGAUACCGCUGCCCCGUGUUGCCCUGGCAGAGCCCUGGACGUCUGCCCCGAGAGACACUCCAAGGCCCUGGGCAUGGGCUCACAACCGGGUCUGAGGGCAGGGGUGACCGGAGCAUGCUGCCCA